CGGCCAUUGCGUCGUCGGACAUCGUACCUCGCGAGCACCUGCCUCCGCGCGCCAUGGUGUGUGAUGAUAGCUUGCAUGCUUCAUCGCCUCACGUGCGUCGCAAGUCACUUCGCCGUCUUGCAUCUACUCGCGGCUUUAAGUCUCGUAAUCAAGACGAACACGGCUGGAUCAGAGUUUUCGAAGGCCUUGAACCCUUCGCAGUUGAUGCACCCAGUAAAUUGGUGAAAGUUACUUUGAGUACAACUGUUGAAGAAAUCAACAAAGACCUUGGGUUUACUGAUGAAUCAACGUUAUGGAUGCAAAUUGGUGGGGAAAAAUCGAGACGGCUUGAACUUGAUGAAUACCCCCUAAGGAUACAAGACCAAUUUUUAGCAACAUGUGGAUGGAGAUCAGAAUCUCGAAGAAAACGUCUAGCUGUUGAUCCUGAGUUGCGACAGUCAUUACGAUGGUGUGCUGGACCAGCCGGAAAUCAUGGAGGUGUUUUGAGAUCUGGAACUUUAUAUGUUUUAAAAGGACACGUUUUCCCACAAUGGAAACCGAAACCUGCAUUUAUCAUUGGGUCAAGGCUGCACACGUAUGGAACUACUUGGGAGAUGCUGGAGUUAAGCGGAGGAAACAUAGACUUCUGCCCCCCAAAAGCGCAAAGACUUGUGUUGUGCGUAAAGCCCCGGCCAAGUAAUAACUUGCCAUGUGACAAUAAUGCAAAUCACGUCUUCUUAGGAUUCAGCACCGUUUGGGAAAGGAACAUUUGGUUCAGCUGGCUCAAAGAAUGUUUGGUGAUGGUGGAAGGAAACACGAUGAAGUUCGACGCAAUCGAAAUAGACAGUUUGGAUGUCUUCGAACCUGUGUCUGAUAUCUUUUUGGACAGCUUAGAGCCGAAUACAUUGAAGGAAAAAUGUGAUUUUCCGGCAACACAAAGUACUCAGCCACCAAAUGUACUGGACUUAAGCGGUGGUGGGCGGGCAUCGUUAGGCGAAGCUUUGGUACAGCAUGCGUCAAGCGCAUUUGCUGUACGGGUACUCCGCAUGUGCAAUAAUGCACUCUCUACCCUACCCCCGCAAACUUGGAGUUUGCAGGCUUUGACGCAUUUGGACAUAAGCGAUAAUAGAAUAACUGAAUUGCCUGCAGAAAUAUGUCGACUUACGCAACUGGAAGAACUACAAAUUGGCGACAACGAGAUUCAUUCGAUAGAUCACAUACUACGGCUGCCUCGACUUCGAACACUGUCGGCCGCAAGAAAUCUCAUAACAAAUUUUGGGAAUUCAAAUCGAAAAAUGGCGCCGGAUGAAGAAAAUAAAGUUGAAUAUCGUACUCCACUAACCAAUGUUGAUUUACGUCACAAUAGAUUAAAAGGAAGCAUAAUACUCGGAAAUUAUGAGCAUUUAGUAUGUUUAGAUAUAUCGCAUAAUUCUGUGGAAGUUUUAGUCUUGUCUUCACUGCGGGGACUUCGGGAACUAUACGCUUCACAUAAUGCACUCCAGCACGUGGCGCUUCAUGGAGGCUCUUUACGAAUUCUCCGAGCCCCCCACAAUCAAUUAGAAUCAUUGACAAGUACAGUCCCACCAAUCAAUUUAGUAGAAAUCGACGUGUCAUACAACAAAUUGACGUUACUACCACCAUGGAUCAGCGGCUGUUCCGACCUCACCACGCUUCACGCGAGCAAUAACCAAUUAACCUCACUUCCAGACCAUUUGUUCUGUAGUGAACUUUCAAGUCUGAGUAACCUGCAUUUAGCCCAUAAUAAAAUCUCUAGUAUACCAUCAAUGCCGCGCCUAAGAGCUCCCCUUAAAGAAUUACUGCUUCAUGAUAACUCUAUUCAGUCACUGCCAGAAAACUUCUUUUCGGUAUGUGACAGAUUGGGCGUUUUAAAUCUUUCGAAUAACAGACUGAGCCGCUUACCUUUGGCAAGAUGUACCUCAUAUUGUCUAGAGUAUCUAUACCUAACAGCUAACUGCUUGAAUGACGAUGCAACAGAUGUUCUCAUAGCAUUCCGUGGCUUAAAGAUUCUACAUUUGGCCUACAACUGUCUAACGCGGCUUCCAGAAAACUGUGUCAACUAUUGGCCCGAUGUUGAAGAACUAGUACUCUCGGGGAACCUGUUUUCAAGAUUGCCAGAAAAUAUGCCUCAGCUCAAUAACAUCAGAGUCGUAAGGGCUCACUCAAAUAAACUACGUUCGGUACCUAUGUUCGCAUGUAGCGCUUCGGUGAAGAUUUUAGAUUUUGCUCACAACGAACUGGAUAGGGUAGAUUUACGGCUACUUGCACCAAAACAAUUAAAAUUUCUAGAUAUAUCUUGUAACAAAAAAUUACAAAUGGACCCUUCACAGUUUAAUUCCUAUAAAUGUCAAAGACCAUUGAGCUUAGUAGAUGUGACAGGGCGACGUUCAGUUUCGUGGACCCACAAAACAGGAUAUCACGAAGAAUUAACUGGCAUGACCCCGUGGAAUACAGGAUUUUCUGAAUGCCCGGACAAAUCAUUGCAGUUAUAUUGUGCACAAAUACGUCUUCCUUCGUUUUGUAAUAAAGAGGGCCUUUUCGCCGUCAUUGAUGGUGAAACUGAUAUCGAAGUACCAAAAAUUUUACAAACCAGUAUACCAGGAUUAGUUCUUGAAGAGAAAUCAAUCAAAGAAACUGUUAACGAAUAUAUGAAAUACGUAGUAUUAUCGGCUCAUAGAGAAUUGAAAGAAAAAGGUCAAAGAAAAGGAGCCUGCAUGGUCAUGUGCCACUUGUCUCCUAUUAAUGUACAAGAAAAUGCAUUCGGACAGGCGUUAAAAAAAUAUAGUUUAAAAUUAGCUAACGUAGGCGAUACUAGAGCAGUUUUAAGUAGACGUAAUGGACCGUUGAGUUUGGGCAUAGAAAAUAAAAGACGUCUAGGAUAUUCCUGUCGCUAUCCCAAUACUGUCCCAGAUCCGGAUAUCAUCCAGACAGUUAUUAAAGAAGACGACGAAUUUCUGAUAUUAGCCAAUGGGAAAUUCUGGGGUGCUGUUAGUAUAGAUUCUGCAGUUUCUGAAGUAAGAGCAGAACGAAAUCCUGUUCUUGCAGCAAAAAGAUUACAAGACCUGGCCCAAAGCUAUGGCAUCGAAGAAUGUAUUUCAAUUAUAGUAAUUAGGUUUGAUAAUGAAAGAGCUGAUGUUGACCUUUUGAUGAGAGAAUUAAGGCAGACGAUUAACGGGAAUAAAACGACAUGUCGAUCGGAUUGUUGUUGUUCACGUUUGGAACCUUGCUGUCACUCAAUAUCUCCGUCAAAGCCGAGCAGCGAUCGAUCUUCGCCAAGCGGGCAAAGUGACCGCCCUCUAAGUGAAGCAAUAAACCAUCAACAUUACUCCAGUGUUCGAUCGCAAAAUAAAGCAUCCGAAAGACGGAGCUGUCGCGGAGGCGUGGCUAGAGCAAUUCGUGUUCGUGUUGAAGAAGAGAAAGAAGAUCACCGAAAUGAGGAAACUUCAAAUCCAGAGGAACAAUUUAAAUGCUGGGAAUACAUGUUGGAACAGAACACUCAAAUGCUGUUCGACAAGGAAUUAGAUAACUUAUCGAAGGGUAUUCGUUCGAAUGGAAGUACUCUGAGGAACACAAAAGGGUUGUCGGGGAGUAGCCCUCAAUUACAUUUAAGUGGAAAAACUUCGAAAGUUCCAUUCUUGUCUAAACAUUUUGGUAGUGCAAGAUCUUUUGGCACAGCUUUAAAGCCUGACUUUCGAUUCGGCUCUGGAAGAUUGCCGAAUGGUGGUCCUAACGCUGCAUAUUUUGGUUCACUUCAACGACUCAUGCCUUAUCAUUUAGAAUAUGACUUUGCCGUAAUUCAAGAGAAAACAACACACUCCCAAGACUCGCUCGACCUCGAAGGAAGAAUGUCACAAUAUUGGGGAGUCGCUACAACCGAAUUAUAAAUAUAUAUACAAUAGUUCAUAGAUGCACAGAUUGUAAAUAAAACUUCAAAUGUGUAUUAUAUUCUUAGUAAUCUGUACCAUUCAUUUUUCGACUAGAUUUUUUUGCACAAUGUUAUAUAUAGUAUAGUAUUAAAGAUAAUUAAAAUUAUGGACUUCCUAUUUUAACUAUUCACUUACAUUUAUUUUACCACAAUAGCUGCUAUAUUAUUUACACUAAUGAUAAUUUGUAGAAUGUUACUAAUUAAACGAUUGUUAAAACUACUUAGAAAUUAUUUGUAUCACUUAUGUUAUUUGAUAAAUAGUGUAUAUUAACUUUUACAAAAUAUUAUUACAUUAAUAAUAUACAUACAACUAAUUACAGAUAAGUAUUCACAUGUAACAUGUUUGAUAUAAACAGAUGUAACUAAUUACAUAGUAAUAUUUAAAUAACAAUAAACCGUCGUGUUCGCUUAUGA